AUGGCUGCCCCAGGGGACGAAGUGCUGGACGGCUACGUGUAUCCUGCAUGCGCCCCCUACUCGUACUCCUACCCCUACCCGCCGGGCGCCAAGGGCAAGGCCCCGGCGGGAGGAGGCGGCUGGCGCCACCGUAGCAGGGGCUACCUUCCCGCCUCCUCGUCUUCCUCCUCCUCUUCCGCGAGGGUGGCCUCGGCGGCUUUCCCCGGCUACGGGCAGCUGAUGGCCGCCGAAUACUUCGACAACUACCAGCGGGCACAGCUCAUGGCCCUCCUGUCCCAGGUGAGCCCGGGUUUCGUUCCGCGGCCCCGCAGAGCCAGCAGCCGAGACGUGGGUGUGCAAGUGAACCCGCGCCGCGACGCCUCGGUGCAGUGCUCGCUGGGGCGGCGCACGCUGCUGCGUCGGACCCGCGAUCCCGGCCCCUCGGCCUCUCCACAAGCUUCCCACCGGGGCCCGGAGGUAGGUAGCCCGUCGAGCGUCGCCCCGCGGCCCGUGCGCUUCCCGCGCACGGUUGCCGUGUAUUCCCCCGUGGUCUCUCGCCGCCUCACCACCUUCCUGGAGGGGGCCGAGGCUGCGGCGGCGGGAGCCGGCCAACCGAAGGCCGGGGCGCUAGAGGGAGAGCAGGGGCUGUCCUCGCGGUUCGAAAGCUCAGAGCAGGCCGGGACGUCGGCGAGGAAGGCGCUCCUCUGGCCACAGUCCGAGAAGGACGACGAUGAGGCACAGGCCGCGGUGCAGGCGAGCUGGGAGCAGCCUGCCGACGGCGCCGGAGCGCCGGCUCGAGAGGACCGGGGAGGCGACGCGGCCCAGAGCAGCCCCGAGCAGCCCAGGAGGGCCGAGGACACAACCGUCGCGAAAGACAGGUCGUCGCCGCCGCCGAGCCCCGAGGCGCGCAGGGAGCGCCUGCGCUUCCAGUUCUUAGAGCAGAAGUAUGGCUAUUACCAUUGCAAGGACUGCAACAUCCGAUGGGAAAGUGCGUAUGUGUGGUGUGUACAGGGCACGAACAAGGUUUACUUCAAGCAGUUUUGCAGAAGUUGUCAGAAGUCUUAUAACCCUUACAGAGUGGAAGAUAUCACCUGCCAAAGUUGUAACCAGACUCGAUGUUCCUGCCCAGUAAAACUUCGGCACGUUGACCCUAAAAGGCCCCAUCGACAAGAUUUGUGUGGGAGAUGCAAAGGCAAACGCCUCUCCUGUGAUAGCACUUUCAGCUUCAAAUAUAUCAUUUAA